AUGAGAUUCCUCAACCUGCUUCUAGCUCUUUCGCCGCUGGCUCAAGUCUCUUCGGCUAUACCGCAAGAAUGGGGCAACUCCACUGGGCCUUUGGGCGGCAACCUGAUUACGGACCCUGCGCGCCUGUCCGAACUGCAUGAAGUGCACAAUGAGGUGAUUAGGAUGCUGAACACGGGCGAGACGCUCCCUGUAGAGCGGUCGAGGAGCCUUACCGUGCAUGGCCAGCACGACAAGCGUGUAUACCAGGCCUUUGGGCUCCUCGGAGUUUUCGUCGCAUCCAUGUUCGGUCUCAAGACUGUUGAAAAAAUUACGGACCAACUCCUGGAGCUUUUUACAUCGGAUGAUACCAUCUGGACGAGGAAGGAGAACUGCCGUGCGUAUUUCAGCACUCAAGGCGGGGGGAACGAAGAGUUCCGAACUUAUGCAAGGGACCAUGGUAAUCCUACAUCUGAGGUACACAAAAAUGUCGGAUGGAUUGACCCUGAGCACACUGCCCCCCCGAUCCAUUUCUUCGAGGGUGAUCAGGGUGAUUCUGCUAUUGGUGUCUACAGCGUGCAGUAUACGGCAACGGACAGAGUUGCCUGGAGUGGUAUUCCAGACACAGAGAAAUGUCCCUUCGAGGGGCUGUGCAACCCCCAGUAUAUCUUCUACCACAACGGCUAUCAAAUCGUUCUCAAUACAUGGCAAUCCCAGGGCCGCAUCUCAGCUUGCCAAUACUCCCAGGGAGAAGAUUGCCUGGGCUUGUGCUCCUCGGGCGUGAAGAACCAGUUUUCCAGAGGCGGUGUUCGUUGGGGCGGGGACUGCGCGAUUCCCUGCAUCGAUGACGCUGGCGAUGGCUACGACGUAGUCCCCAACAAAUAG